AAGUUCUUUCGUUGCACAGAUAAAAAGAGGAAAACCAGCUAACGGAAACAAGAAGAAGAAGAAAAAAACUGAAAAAGAUUAACCAUGCCUUGCGCCAUAGCUGCAGUAUCAAGCUCCCCAAUAUUCUCCCCGUCCCCGCGAAAAAUCUCACCGAUUUUCUGCAAGCCUGCAAGCUCGCCGCCGCCGCCGUGUCUAUCUCCGUCGCCGUUAACCCUUAAACACUUCAGGAAACCGUUCAACAGCAAGGAUGAAAAUUUAAUAGAAGAAGAAGAAGCGACAUCAAAGCUAGCCGCUUUAAAGAGGAAACGACCGGCGAGGAUUAAUAUUCCGGUGAUGGAUAUGGGAUUUGAUACGAUGCCGGAUAUGGAUUUGGAUAGGUUGAGUGAAGUGGAGGUGGAAGGAGAAGGGUAUUCUUUGUAUUGUAAGAGAGGUAAAAGGGGUGGUGCUAUGGAGGAUCGGUACUCUGCUGUUAUGGGUCUUCAAGGGGAUUAUAAACAGGCUUUCUUUGGUGUAUUUGAUGGACAUGGAGGUGCAGGAGCUGCAGAAUAUGCAGCAAAGAAUUUGGAUAGGAACAUUAUGAAGGAAGUGGAAAGGAGGACAAGUGAAGAGGAAGGAAUUGAGAAGGCAGUGAAGAAGGGAUACCUAACCACGGACAUGGAGUUUCUCAAGGAAGAUUUGCGUGGUGGGACUUGUUGUGUUACAGCAUUGAUACACCGAGGGAAUCUAGUCGUCUCAAAUGCUGGGGAUUGUCGUGCUGUUAUGAGCCGAGUAGGAGAAGCCCAAGCCCUCACAAUUGAUCAUAGGCCUUGUAGAGAAGAUGAAAGAGAGAGGAUUGAGAGCCUGGGUGGCUAUGUGGAUUAUUGCCAUGGUGUUUGGAGAGUACAUGGAUCUCUUGCUGUAUCGAGAGCAAUUGGAGAUCGCCAUCUUAAACAAUGGGUGACAGCCGAACCGGUGACUAAAGUCGUAAAGAUCAUACCAGAAUACGAAUUUCUAAUCCUUGCUUCUGAUGGACUCUGGGAUAAGGUCAGCAACCAGGAAGCAGUAGAUGUUGUCCGUCCUUUAUGCGUAGGCAUUGACAAACCAGAACCAUUUUCCGCCUGCAAAAAGCUCGUUGAUUUGUCAUUAUCAAGAGGAUCUGCAGAUGAUAUUAGCGUUAUGGUGAUUCAGUUAGCGCACUUCAUUCAAUAACUACGAUGAGAGUAACUCAGAGGGUAUAGUUUUUCCCGCUUAUCCAUGUGGAUCCUCGAAUAUCUUCUGCUUAAUUUAUCGGCUAGUUGUUGGAGUUCUAAGCUUACACCAGCUUCGUCUUGGACGUGUUGGCCAUGUCACCUGCCGAGAAGAGAUUUUGCCAGCAGCAGCAAGAGAAGAGGGUGUGUUGAUAUACCGAUCACAUUUUUUUUUUUUUGGCACAUUCUAACUUAAUAUUAGUGAUAAAUUUUUUAACAGUAGAAAGAAAAUUGUACACGAGUUGCGACCUUUUUCGAAUAAAUUCUUUACGCAGCCUUCAACUUUACA